GUAGAAACAACAUGGCUUCUUCAAAACUGUCUAUUUUCUAUUUCUAACUUUCAGAGGUAACAUUUAACACACAGAGCUUCGCGACAGAUAUAACAAAGAAUCAUGUCUCACAGUUAUUAUAAUAAACAAUGGGGAGAAGCGCAGGCUGCAUUGGUGGAUAUUUUACAACAGGAACUUCCACCCGAACCUGCCAAACCAGAAAGAGAUCGUUUAGCUGCUUUUCAACUUUUGGCAACUAUGUACAUAAAAUAUAUACAGAUAUUUCGUAAAAUGGAACAAUCAUAUGAUCAAGUUGUACAUCCCCAGAAGAGACGAGUUUUACGUUAUGUAUUAGAUGGGUUGAUGGGAAGAAUCUUAGAAUUAAAACAUGAAAUGGUGAACCUAGAAUAUUCUGAAUAUCAUUAUUUUGAUGAUGUUUUAUCAGAUUUAAAACUAACACCUAAUGAUGUAGAAAUACCCAUUCCUAAAUAUUUCAUUAAUGAACGAACAAAGUCUUUGAAAGAAAGAGAAAAGUUGUUAGGUCAAAUCCUGGCUAAAAUAGGACCUCAGGAUCAGGAUAAGGAAACUGAGGAACUAAGAAUGCCAUUAGAGGAAGCUAUGAGACUUAUUCAGGUACACGAGCGAGCUCGUCAAGGAAGAUUAAGAGCUAAAUUUAUGAGAGAAAUUCGUCAGCAAGAAGAAAGAGAAAGAAAUGCCUCUAAACAAGGACAAUCAACAUUAGACCCAGAAGUUGCUGUACUUCGUAUUCAAAAGAUCUGGAAAGGAUUUGCGCAAAGGAGAAGAACAAAAAGAGAAAGAGAUGAAGAAAUGAUGUUCAUUGGAAUGGCUCCACCUCCUUUGCCAGCAUCUACUAAGAAUUUGCCGCAAUCCCUAGCUUUCAAGACAGAAGAACAGAGGCGGAAAGUACAAGAUCAACAUGAACAAGAAUUUCAACAAUCAUUAGUUACAAUCAAAGAUAAAAUUCGAGAUACAGAGGGACAGGAUAUGAAAGAAACUAUGAUGGACCAAAUCAGACAGUGGUUCAUUGAAUGUCGAGAUGCAACUGGUAAAUUUCCUGAUUAUCCAGAUGAAGAUGAUGGAGGUUCGGCUGCUAUUUUCCGUCAAAAAGAUCCAGCUGAACUGGAACGAGAAAUGAAGGAAAAGGAUGAUGAUAAAGGUAAAGGAAAGAAAGACAAGAAGAAAGAUAAAAAGGACAAAAAGAAAGAUAAAAAAGGAAAAAAAGGGAAAAAAGGAAAGGGUGAUGAUGAGGAAGAAGAAGAGGGAUGGAAGAUGGCAGCAUCUAAUUUUGUUGGAGCUGUAAAUGAAGGAUCAGAUUCAUAUAAAGCUGUGUGGCAAACCAGAGAUGAGUCUGAAAACUUUUCUCAAAAACAUGAUUCUGAGUUGAUAAAAGAAGACAAACGCAAAGAAGUAGAAGAAGAAAUAAGAACGCAAGUUGAUGAAUUAAUGAGAACUGAACUUAAAAACCUGAAAUCGGCAGUAGAUAGAGACAAGGGAAAGAAGAAAGGAAAAAAAUCUGGUAAAAAGAAAAAGAAAAAGAAGAAGAGUGGCAAAAAGGGAAAGAAGAAGAAGGAAAAAGAUUUAACACCAGAUAGAACCAUAGAAGAUUUAUAUGAAGAAUUAGUAACCCAGGGUAUAAUAGUUCGUUCACCAGUUACUACUUUACAAGAUUAUACUGGAGAAUAUAGUUAUUUAGGUACCACAUUAAGACAAGCUAAUAUAGAACCUAUGCCCUCACUUAGUGAUGUCAGAAGACUUGUCACAGAAUUUGGCAUUCUACACUUAGGUUCAUCUGCUGUACAUGAGAAAGCUCCUUUAACUAAAUCUAUUGUAUUAGCUGGACCUAGAGGUACUGGUAAAAAGAUGUUAGUACAUUCUAUCUGUACAGAAACUGGUGCCAAUCUCUUUGAUUUAAGUGCUACAAAUAUAGCUGGUAAAUAUCCUGGUAAAGAUGGUCUUAAGAUGUUGAUGCACCUUGUAUUUAAGGUGGGUCGAGCUCUUCAACCAUCAGUGAUUUUUGUGGGUGAUUGUGAAAGAAUGUUUAAAAAGAAAGUACCAAAAACUGAUCCAACAGAUCCUAAAAGAUUAAAGAAAGAAUUACCUAAAGCUCUAAAGAAUAUUAAAGGAGAAGAUCGUCUGCUAUUGGUCGGUACAUCCAGAUGUCCAUUUGAUGCUGAAAUGAAACCGUUUGUUGGUUGUUAUCAGAGAAUUAUUCUAAUACCCAGACCAGAUUAUGCCUCUAGACAUUUACUAUGGCGCCAUUUGAUCACUAAAUUUGGUGGAACUCUUUCUAACCUGAUUGACAUCAGCUCUUUAUCAAAAGUUACCGAUGGUUAUACUCCUGGUCACAUGGUUACAGCUAUUCAACAAGUGUUGACAGAACGUCGAAUACAGCAGCUAUCUAAGAAACCUCUUCAAUCAGUUGAAUUUAUAGCACCACUUGCUAGAAUAGAUCCAAUUUAUAAAGAAGAAGAAGAAUCAUUUAAGGGUUGGUACAGUAAAACACCACUAGGUAAAAAACGAGCCAAGGCAGCACAAGCUGAUGAGGAUGAUGGUGGUGGUGGUAAAGGUGGCAAAGGAAAGAAAGGAAAAAAAGGAAAGAAGGGCAAAAAAGGAAAAAAGAAGAAAUAAUAUUUGGUUGAUCAAUAAAAGUUAUUUGAAAUUUUACAUAAUAUCAGUAAUAAAAUAGAAACGGUUUACUUUACACUUUGGAUACAUUACACACAGCUGUGUUCACACAUGGGAUACAUUACACAUAGCUAUGUUCACAUAUUGGAUAAAUUACAUAUAGCUGUGUUCACAUUCACACAUUGGAUACAUUACACAGUCAUGUUCAUACAUAGGAUACAUUACAUAAUUACUAUCUAAUAAAUAAAAUGUGAGUAUAAUACAAUAUAUGAUUUAAAUAUUUGUUGAGUAUUAUUUAUGUAGCUGUGAUAUUUUUUUAUUUUGUAUAUAGAUAAUAUAUUUUAUUAUAAUAAGAGUGUAUAUUUAUAUUAGAUUUAAAUAAAUCACAUUCCAUAACAGUACCAUAGUUUUUCUAUUGUAUCAUGAUAACAGUGAGAAUUCAGUUCUAAAAAUACUUUGUACUAGAAGAAAUGAUAUUUGUACAUACAUCUCUAAGAUUCUAUUCUCUCUGUGUGUUGGACUUGGAGAAGUUAUAACUAAAGGCACUGCGGGCUAAGGGGCAGGGGGCAAUAUCAAAUAUAGCAAAUUUUACCAAAUGCAAUAUAAUCAUUAUUUACUCAAAAUAAUCAUUGACUCACUGUAAUACAUGUAGAAUUUGUGUAUGAAUUGUUAUUUCUAUAAAUUAUAACAUGAAGGCAAAUUCUCAAGUGAUAGGCAGUGGUGACAAAAACUGGUGUUUUCACUGUAUGAUUUGAAAAAAGAAUCAAAAGUAUAGUCAAUUUCUUUUAAGUAAUUUUAUAAAAUCCUUAAUCAAUCCAAAUAAUUUGUCUAUAAUAUAUUGUAUAACUGGUAAAUUAUUCAGCAUGACUUGCAUUAUAUUAAGUAACCAUAAAAUGAUGAGAUACUUGAAGGUCAUUGUUUGGUUUGUCACUUGUUAACUUGUAAGGCUAUUGUCUUUUAAUCUAACUGAUUAAAUUGAUUAACUGCAAAUUGACACUUUUGAUUACAAUAUACAUCUUUUUAAAAAUACACUUUUUAGGUUACGUGUCUAAAAAAGGGUCCUACAUAAAAAGUAUUAAAAGAAAAAGGUUAAUGCCUUCUUAUUAUAAUUUGUUAAAUCUGAUUUGUGUCAGACACACUUAAUUUACUUCUUUGAUGAUAUACAAUUUGAGGCUUGUCAUAUUGGAAAUAGUUAUAGAAAGAGUGAGAGAGAAAUGGGGAUAACAUCAACUCGAUAAAACUAGGCCAUUUCAAACCUAACAUAAGGUUCAAUUUUAUUUCAAUGAUUUGUUUGCACUUAUGGGUCUUUAGUAGUGGGAGCGAACCGGAGGACCUGGAGAAAACCCACGAGGUUGGACAGGUGACCCUACUCCUUGUCAUGUACAACCAGGAAAUCGAAACCACGCCAGUUGACUCAAUGACAGACCUUAUGAUAUCACGCGCACGUGCUAACCAUUCAGCCAUCCAACAUCCCAGGAAAUAUUUAUAUGUACCAUAAAAUGUAAUUAAAAAGUAAUUGAACAUUACAUGAUUUUUGGUAUGUAUUAAUUACAUUUCCAUUAUUCAUUGUCCCCCGCCUUUCGAAGAAAGCAGGGGACUAUUAAAAUGGGUUCGUCCGUCUGUCCGUCUGUCUGUCUGUCCGUCACACUUUUUGGGACACAAUAACUCUCUUCCUAAUUGAGCUAGAAUGUUCAAACUUGGUGUAUGUGUUUAUUAGGUCAAUGCCUUGAUGGAGUUCGAAGAUGAGCAUUUUCCGCUUAGGGUAAGCAGAGAUAAGCAAUUUGAUUGGUUGAUGCUUUGGGACACGAUAACUCUCUUCCUAAUUGGGCUAGAAUGUUCAAACUUGGUGUAUGUGUUGAUUAGGUCAAUGCCUUGAUGGAGUUCGAAGAUGAGCAUUUUCCGCUUAGGGUAAGCAGAGAUAAGCAAUUUGAUUGGUUGAUGCUUUGGGACACGAUAACUUUUAAUUGAGCUAGAAUGUUCAAACUUGGUGUAUGUGUUUAUUAGGUCAAUGCCUUGAUGGAGUUCGAAGAUGAGCAUUUUCCGCUUAGGGUAAGCAGAGAUAAGCAAUUUGAUUGGUUGAUACUUUGGGGCACGAUAACUCUCUUCCUAAUUGAGCUAGAAUGUUCAAACUUGGUGUAUGUGUUGAUUAGGUCAAUGCCUUGAUGGAGUUCGAAGAUGAGCAUUUUCCGCUUAGGGUAAGCAGAGAUAAGCAAUUUGAUUGGUUGAUGCUUUGGGACACGAUAACUUUAGUUCUAAUUAAGUGAGAUUGAUGAAACUUGGUGUAUAGAUUUAUUAUAUGAAUACCUUAACUAAGUUCGAUAAUGAACAUUUUUUGCUGAGGGUAAGCAGAGUGAUAAGCAAUUUGAUUGGUAGAAACUUUGGAACACAAUAACUUUCCUUCUAAUUGAGGUAGAAUGUUCAAACUUGGCAUAGGUGUCUAUUAGGUGAAUGUUUAAACUUGAUGUAUAUGUAGAUGUUCAUUAGGUGAAUGUCUUGACUGAGUUCAAUAAUUAACAUUUCGAGCUGAAGCUAAGCAGAGCUAAUCGAUUUCAUUUGUCAAUGGUUUGGGACAAGAUAAUCUUGAUUCUAUCUGAUAGAGAGUGAUGAAACUUAGUGAAAAAAAUAAAUGUGCGAUUAAUUAAUAUGUGUCAUCUAUUUAUUUUGCAAUUUCGGCGGGGGACAUCAGCCUCACUGUUGGCUUGUUACUUUUGAAAUCUUCCAUUACAUGGCCAUUACCUAAAAAUGUAAUGAAUACAUUCCAUUGCCAUUACCCCAGCCCUGCUAGUGAUGUUAUUUACUUUUCUCUUUAUUUUUCCUUUUUCACUAAAGACAGGAAUAAAUACAGUAUUUGUAUGUUUCAUCAAAAUAAAGUCAGGAAUAAAUAAAGUAUGUUUCAAUCAAAAUAAAAUCAGAAAUAAAUACAGUACUUGUAUGUUUCAAUCAAAAUAAAGUUGGGGAAUAAUUACAUAUGUUUCAAUCAAAAUAAAGUCCGGGGAAUAAAUACAGUAUUUGUAUGUUUCAAUCAAAAUAAAGUUGACGAAUAAAUACAAUCUUAAAUUAUAUGGUGCAACAUGAGGAAUUAAACAUCAAUGGUAACUUGGCAUAAAGAUUUUAAAAAAAUAUGGAAAAAGGGAGGGGUGUGAUCAGUUUCUGGCAAUUUGGAUGAAUUUUCCAUUAUUUUUUUGCAUCUAUUUUACAUUGUGCAAAACGUUUUCUUGAUUUUCUAGUGAAGUGAUAAGUAAAGAUAAAACCUUUUAUAACUAAAUCUAUACAUACCUCAACAACAGCUAAGAUCACUUCACUAGAAAAUCAAGACUUUUUUCAAACAUUUCUAUUCAAGAUAUAAGAAAUAUUGAUUCACAGGAAAAACACAAAUUUAAUUUUUACAUUUAUUCUUUAAUUAAUGUGCCUAGGCUUGUUUUAAUUAGCUUCAAAACAACAGUCUUCAUCAUUACUAAGUUAUUCAUUAUUUAUAUAAACUCAUUAUAACUUACUACUUUAUUAUUUAUAUAAAAACAAAUCUUAGCAAGUAGGUUUGAAUACAAGAAAAAUUGAAAACCAGACAUAGCAUGGAAUAAAUGAAUAUGAAAUAAGAUUUCUAUUUUAAUUGGACAAAACAUGUCCCAACAUGCCAGGAUAAGGGUUGAAGAUAGAGUUUGUGAGAUACAUGUGUCUGAACCAGGGGGUUUCGCGUUCGCUCCAAGGGGGGAAUCCCACAUCACCCACUCGCAGAUAUUGGAUAGUUGACUCUCUUUGAUGAGUUUAAUACAGUCAUAAAACUAGGCGUACGAGCUGCCCCCCCCCCCCAACUUACGGACAAUCUGACUUUUCGGGCAGACGGAUAAAGUGAGAGAAAAAAAACAAUUAUUCUAUCUAGUUGGCAAAAAUAAAGUGCCCGAAAUCUAAUAAAACACUAAUUUUACUUUUCUUUUAAUUGAAUACUACGAAUUUGUACUGAACUGACAUGGAUUAAAACAUUUUGUCUGGA